AUGCUAUCCUUCCGAAAGGCUUAUGCUGCAUUGCAACGUACGUCUUGGACGCCAUGUCAAUGCUACUGUCGAUCGAAUGUCGGAGCUUUUCGUGGUUUCAGUGCGCUGUUGGACAAUGGCGUCGUACCAAACCGUUCGACACCCGCUGCUGCUUCAGUACCAGUGAUUAGUCUUCCACCUGAUUACAAGCUGCUACCGGAUGAUGUACACUGCUUUGUAGGGCUCAAUGGUAGUGGUAAGACACAACUUAUAAGCAAGUUACAGGACCACGUCAAGGCGCAACAAGCUCAAGGAAAACUGCCAACAUCAUUUCGUCUUGCAACACUAAGUCUCGAUGCUCAUCGAGAAUUUCAGGAAAAAUAUGGACAGCACGUGGUGGCAGAUCAGGUGCGACACUUGUCGACGGGAGAAAUGCGAAAACUUUUGCUCGCUGUAUCGCUUUUGGAGACUCCAAGAGCAUCGGUGCUGAUUCUUGAUCAGCCGUUCGAUGGAUUGGAUGUGAAGGCGAGGAGACAACUGCAGUGGAUGCUUGGACAGUUGACGAGAGGAUUCACGAGACUGCUGGUAGAGACAACAGGAGCGAAGCACGAGGCGUUUGCUUUUAGAACGCAGGUGCUAGUGGUUGCAAAUCGAUUGGAACAAGUGUUUACAGAGAUCUUUUCGCAUACGAUUCUGUUAAAGCUCGGUGACAAUGCAAAAUUUGAAAUGGUGGCUUGGCCGGGAAAUAAAGAGGAUGACACACGCAAGAAGGCAAUGACAGAGCAUCUUAUACAGUUUUACACUGAAGAACAAAAAAAACGAAAGAAGAUGGCGGACACGGAACUUGUGUCACUAGUGGAGCAACUAUUUGUUUGCAAAAAUGAAGUUCUAUUCAAGGACAAGCAAACUUUGGCUCUACAAUUGAAUGAUGUUUCAAUCGCAUAUCAUAACAAGACGACCUUACUGAAAGAUGUGAAUUUUACGCGUCAAACCCACCAACAUUGGGCUCUGCUUGGGCCGAAUGGCUCGGGUAAGAGUUCCCUGAUGCGUGUAUUGAUGCAGGCACCUGGGCACGGUUUGAUUAAAGGUGAAGUUAUGGUUAUUGGCGAGCAAGUGCAUGUCCCUGGCUUGUCUUUUUCUAGUUGCAAUACCGAUUCUACGGACCCAAAGCGAAGACUUGAAGCGAUCUCAACUGAUCAGCACAUUCAACUUGUGCACCAAAGUUUACAGUCCGACAAGAAAGAGGACCAAACUGCAUUCAACCUCAUCCAUAGUAACGCUGCAAGUCCUGAGGCGGCUCGGCUCGCUAUACGCCUGCUAAUUUUGCCUGAUGCUGUGAAGAUCCGAUCUUUAGCUCAGCUCUCGCAGGGAGAGCAGAAACUUGUGCUGAUUGCACGUGCGCUAGCUGCACGUCCAAAAUUGCUGAUACUGGAUGAAAUCACGCAUGGACUCGAUCCAUUCAAUCAUGCUCACGUGCUGCGUGUGAUUGAAGCAAUCGGGCAACAUGCUGCACAGCAAACUCACAUGGUGCUUGUCACGCACCAUGAAGAGGAAAUUACUCCGUGUUUUUCAAGCAUUGUAGAAAUCCAAGACAAACAGCUUGUCGAGCGUUUCUCCGCAUCGAAAAUUUAA